ACAAAAUGUUCCUGGAUGAGGAGCCACUGGCAAAGCGGAGAAGGUCCCAGAAGCCAGUGAUGGCCUCCGACUCCUACAAGAAGGCUGAGCUGGCUGCCCUCCGCCAAGAGAUGGAGAGCAGCAGAGGCGAACCUGAUCUUGAGAGAAGCCUCCUCCCAGAGGCAGGCCAGAGCAGCAGUGAGGCUUGGGUGGCACCUGCUGGAGAGCAAGGCCCAGGCCAAGGAGCCCUGGUGAGCGCCCGAGAGGACGCGGCACCUGGGAAGCGCCCUGAGGAGCCCGGAAGUCAACGGCCAUCCUUGAUGGUCGAUGCUGCCAGUAAAGGUUGGCCACCCGCGAGCCGAAGCUCUGCGGGGGCAGAGCAGGGCAGAGCGCCACCCCAGGAAGCGGCCAAAGGCCCUUUUGUGGCUGUGGUUGGGAUCACUGAAGCCGUCAUGGACGGUGGGGCUCCCAUCCAGCUGAUUCCAUUCGGGCGAGAGGAGAGAGCUGAGCAUAGACGGGGGGCAGAAGACCGGAGCCAAAUCCGUGCCAUGCCCAGCACCGAGAAGGGAGAAGUUGGGGAGAAUGGAGCUUUGAGUCAGCCCAGGGCCAAGGACCAGAAGACUGAGAGACGACUGGAAAGCAUCUUAUCAGAAAGGGAUGUGCUACAGCAGAAGGUUCAGGAGCUGGAAGAGGAGAAGAGCCAUUGGCAGACCGAGUUUGAGAGAACCCAACAUGAACUGAUGACUCUCCGGGCCCGCGAGAACGAGAGCUUGUACUGGAGCAAGAAGCACAUGGGUUACCGCCAGGCGGAGCUCCAGGUGCUGAAAUCUGAGCUGGAGAGAUCUCUGGAGGAGAAGACGGAGCUGAAGGAGCGGCUCAAGGCCACCGAGAUGCGUGUGGAAGUUCUGCGUGAGGCCCAAGGCUCCUUCCAGAGCCUGGAGGGAGAAGACAAGAGCACUCUGGAGAAGCUCAAAAGCCUCCGUGUGAAUGUCAGUCGGCUGCUGGCCUCCAUCCUUCCUCACCUGGAGCUGGAAGAGGUCAACUUUGAGUCCGACCAGGUGGAUGAGAUCCUGCAGACUGUCCUGGAGACCAACCACAUCCUGGAGUGAUCCAUCCAUGAUGCCUCUCGCCUUUAACUGGAAGGAUUCGCUCCCCUUCCCCACAUUGGCUGCCUUCUUGCCUUAUGUGUACAGAAUCAGUUAAUAAAUGAUGGCUAUUAA